CUCAGCCUUCCAUCACUUUGAUUCCUGCCAGUCUCUCUCUCUCUCUCCCCCCUUCCAAUCUCUCUCUCUCUUCUUAGCUAAUUCUCAUUACAUCAUCAUCUCCUCUUUCUUGCCACCUACAACUGGGAAUCAUCUAUCUAUCCACACUUCUCCUCAGUUGCUAUCUUUUUGUUCUGACAACAACACAACUUUAAUCUGUACAAGGUUUUAAAAAAGACCCAGUAGUUGAGUUCAGUUGAAGAAUAUUAUCCUUUUGUUUGUAUUUUACUGCUUUUGUUUGCCAGCAUUAUGGGCAGGCAUUCUUGUUGCUACAAGCAGAAGCUCAGGAAAGGCCUCUGGUCUCCUGAAGAGGAUGAGAAGCUCAUAAAACAUAUCAACAAGUAUGGGCAUGGCUGUUGGAGCUCAGUCCCCAAACUUGCAGGUCUGCAGAGGUGUGGGAAGAGCUGCAGGCUUAGGUGGAUUAAUUACCUGAGGCCUGAUUUGAAAAGAGGGACAUUUUCCCAGGAGGAAGAGAGUUUGAUUGUUGAAUUGCAUGCAGUUUUAGGCAAUAAAUGGUCUCAGAUUGCAGCAAGAUUGCCAGGAAGAACAGACAAUGAGAUCAAGAAUCUGUGGAAUUCUUCAAUCAAGAAGAAGCUGAGGCAAAAGGGGAUUGACCCCAACACUCACAAGCCAUUAUCUGAGCUCGAAAAUGAUCAAGAAAACGCCGGCAAGAAAAACGGAAUCGCUUCCCAGGAAUCCGGCGAGCUUUCUCUAAUGGAAUCUGAACACAAUAAUUUAAUUUCCCCCCCAGAAAUUGCACCAGACAACAAUAAACUCUCCGCAAUGCCCAUCGACCAAUUCUCUGCGCCGCCGCAACAAUCCACCCAAGAAUUCUUCCUCAAUAACUCCCCCAAAAUCCCCGAUUUAACCGGCUACCUCUGUUUCCAGCAAAUGAACAACAACAACAACAUAGGAUUAUCCAUGAACUCUAAUAACUCCAACCUUUUCUUCAAUUCAAACAACAAUAAUGUCGUCCCAGGUUCUGUUCUUCCCGGCCCUUCAAUCUCACCCAACAACAACUGCUCUUCUUUCUUUGAGGCUAAUAAUGGGGGCUUAGCCUGGGACUGUGGGAAAGCAGAGAAAGAAAGUGAGGAAAUCAAGUGGUCUGAUUAUCUGCAAACGCCAUUUUUACUGGGGAACACAAUCCACAACAUUCAAGCUCCCCAUCACCACCACGAUUUGUUCAACGAAACGAAACCCGAGACCCAAUUCGCGAGCCCGCAACCUUCAUUGCCAGCCACUUGGCUCCAGAAUGAUCAGCAGCCAUCUUUAUAUAAUAACACCAAGCAUUUCCAGAGACUUUCAGCCGCUUUUGGCCAGUUUUCUUAGGUGUGUAUGUGUUAAUUACACUGUUCCUAUUAAUAUUAUAUAUAUAUAUAUAUAUAUAUAUAUUCUUCUGUAAAUAGGACUUAUACAUUUUUUUUCUUGGGAUAUUCUCAUUGAUAGAAUCUUGAAAGCAUUCCUGUCCUGUGUUUCUUCAUCUUUUUGUGUAUGAUUUAUGAUAGAUUAUGACUUUGUUUCAAUCUUUUAUUAUGUGUGCUCAUCUCCUCUGAUCUCCUGUGUUAUGUGUUGUAAUUCUGUCAGUUAAUUAAACGCUCAAUCAAAAAGGUUUUUCA